GACUGGUCUAACUGGCCCUGAUCCACCUUAAAGGGUCCAUCUGCUGUCCAAACACUUUGCUCGGGGACCUGUGGAUCAAAGAGGGGCCAGACCCCCCCUCCCCCACAUGUCUGGAUCCCAGAGAUGCUGAAUCCAGUGCUUUUGGAAAUCGUGUGAAGUGAAGAAGUUUGAGAGAGACUGGAGGAAGCAGCGCAUCAGCAGAAAAAGUGUGGAGGAGAGGAGAGGAGGGGAGGGGAGGGGGGGUUCUGCUCGCUUCAAAGUCCAUUCAACAUUCCCAACAAAGUGUAGCUCCGCUACAGUUUUUUUUCUUCCUUUAAAGGGUAACCUCUCAGCCAGCAAGAUUCCGCCCAAAAGCAGACAGCCGGAUCGCGCUGCGCUGACGCGGCUGGUCGGCAGGAAGCGGCUGGUGGCGGCGGGGGUCCUGGGGGUCGUCAUGGUCCUGCUGCUGGUCAUCCUCAUCCCGGUGCUGGUCAACUCCGCGGGCACGGCGGCGCACUACGAGAUGCUCGGCACCUGCAGGAUGGUGUGCGACCCAUACGGAACCAAGUCCCCGACCAGCACCGCCGCGGCGGACACGGUCCGGGACAGCGGCCUCGUGCAGUCUCUGCCCACUUUUAUCCAAGGUCCGAAAGGGGAGCCGGGGCGUCCGGGUAAGGCGGGUCCGAGGGGACCUCCCGGCGAGCCGGGACCGCCCGGUCCAGCGGGGCCACCUGGAGAGAAAGGCGAAUCGGGUAGACCGGGUUUACCGGGCCCGCCGGGACCGAGCGCAGCCGCCGGUGCGAUCAGCGCGGCCACGUACAGCACCGUGCCCAAGAUCGCCUUUUACGCAGGGCUGAAGAAGCAGCACGAGGGAUACGAGCUGCUCAAGUUUGACGAUGUGGUGACCAACCUGGGGAACCACUACGACCCCACCACCGGGAAGUUCACGUGCUCCAUCCCCGGGAUCUAUUUCUUCACCUACCACGUCCUGAUGCGCGGAGGGGACGGCACGAGCAUGUGGGCUGACCUGUGCAAAAACAACCAGGUGCGUGCCAGUGCCAUCGCCCAGGAUGCGGACCAGAACUAUGACUAUGCCAGUAACAGCGCUGUGCUGCAUCUGGAGCCAGGAGACGAGGUCUACAUUAAACUCGACGGAGGCAAAGCACAUGGAGGCAACAACAACAAGUACAGCACCUUCUCCGGAUUCAUCAUCUACGCCGACUAGACAGCAACACAUGCUCAGCCCUCAGCUAUUGCAGGCCUCAGUCCUUCUACAAAUCUGCCCUCUACCAAUCAGAUGCUUAGACUUCCUCUUUUAAACACGUGUGGACAAACCAAUAUCCAAAAUCAGCCUUCAUAACCUGCAUAUUAUUUCAUUUUUCUACAUCCUGCUAACAUCACUGUCCUAAGUUGCAAGUGACUUUGAACAAAAGCAUCAGUGAAAUGGUUGAAUUGUGGGAUCAAACCAUAUCCUCUCUUCAUACCAUUACGUCACACUUAACAACUUACAGCUGAUGUCUUUGUGUUGAUGUAGUCCUGUCACAGAGUGAUGGUGGUAGGUAGAAGAUGAGAGCGAGGAGUGUGUUUGUGCAUGUGUUGGGGGGGGCAGAGAUUCACUAAACAUCAGUAAGAUGUAGCCUACAUGUAGCCUAGUGCUGUUAUUUGAGUUAUAGUUCCAGGAUGGGGUGUUUGUAGAGACAGCAUUAAGAGGAAUGAGUUAUCAUCAUCACUCUUAAAUCUGAUUGGGCCGCAAGCUGCCUGUCAACAAAUCGAGCUGUCUGUCUAGAAGUAAGUGGAAAAGAUACAAAUCUGAUAGAAAUGCAGCAGCUAGUGGGCAGUUCUAAAAACUGACUGUGGUGGAUUUUGUGCAAUACUUAGUAUAAUAAACUAUAUCUGUGGUUAUAAUUAACGAGAAAGCCUUCAGUCAGCGUUUGUAGUUUAUUUAUUUCUUUUUUGAUAUCAUGUAGAUAGCAAGGUAAAGCUGGCAACACUUGAAGUGCAUUAAGAUACACUGACAACAGAUUAUAUUUCCCAUUAUAAACAUAAUUACCUCUUUUAUAGAAUAGAAUCAUUAAUAAAAUAGUUAUUUUUAAUUGCAUGUAAUCAAACAACACUUACAUUUUUUACGCAAUUUGUUUAUAUUCUCAUGUUCUGAUUUUAAUUUUAAUCAUGAUCUAAUAAUGUGAUUCCUCAGCAUCGGUUUGUAGCACCACUUCCUCUAAAGUUUUAUUCAAUUGCUUUCAUAAAUGCAGAUAUGAGAAUUUUAGCCUUAUUUACCCAUGAUGUGUUUUGUCCAGAAAAGAGAAGGGAACUUGAUUUAUGUCAAGCUUUAGAGAGGAACAAUGUUUGGUAAAAAUAAAUCUGAAAAACAUGAUUGUAACGGAGGGCCCUGAUGAGUUUUUUUCUGAUGCCUGCUGGGUGGCGUUCAGGGAAACACUUGGUGCAAGAGGAAAGUGUGGGCGGCCAUGUUAAACUUCAUACGGCGGUUGCAAGAACUGCAUCCAAAGUGAGGGUCUGUCCCAAUACCUACACCUGCAGUCUUGAGCGCUUAAUAGUUCCCUGUACAGUUUGACACCGCUAGCUCUAUGGAGCAGUUCUUUCCUAUCAGUGGAUCCCUGCCAAUGGAUUCACACUACUCCUCUGAUCUACAGGUAGGGCUUACACGCCACGAUAUGCUGCAGUGUGUGAGCAAAGGCAGGGAAGAAGACUGCAUGCUAGGAAACAUGGAUGUUAACAAUGUUGGAUUUAAAAUUCUUGGCUUGCAAAUGUUUUAUCAAAACUUAAUGCAACUCG